AUGGCCAAAAACUAUGGCUUCCUCGUAUGCAUUUUGGUCAUGUUGUUCGAUAUUGUUGCUGGCAUACUUGGAAUUCAAGCAGAAAUAGCUCAAAACAAGGUGAAGGAUUUGAAGAUGUGGGUAUUGGAGUGUAAGGACCCAAGCUAUGAAGCUUUCAAGCUAGGAUUGGCUGCUUCCAUUCUCUUGGCCUUAGCUCAUGCAAUUGCUCACAUGCUUGGUGGAUGCAUUUGUAUGCUAUCCAAAGAAGAAUGCCAAAGAGCCACGGCCAAUAGGAAAUUAGCAGUGACUUUUCUAAUUUUCUCAUGGAUAGCAUUAGCAGUUUCAUUCUCAAUGCUAAUCAUAGGCACAUUAGCCAAUUCAAAAUCAAGAGAAUCGUGUGGGAUAUCAAACAAUAGGAUUCUAUCCAUUGGAGGCAUUUUAUGUUUCAUUCACGGGUUGUUCACCGUUGCCUAUUAUGUUUCUGUAACGGCAACAGCAAGGGAAGAAAAAAGCCAAGGAAACCCAUUAUAG